UCCACCAAUGUAUAGAUAGUAACUUUAAACUUUUACAGAGAACCAACUGCAUGGCGUCCUGAGGGGUGUGAAAAUCGAAGACACCACGAACGAAGUGAACGAAAUAUGGCCGCCUUGAAAUGGAUUUAGCGGAAGUGGUUGAAGAUUUAAUCUGCACGUUCGACGGCUCAGGUGACACCACGAUGGAUACACUAGCUAUGUUCAUAUUUGGUUGGAUUUUGGCGGCCCUAUUCGUGCUGUGGCUCGGCAAGAUCAUCUACGAGAAACUCCAAGCCCGGACCAAAACGAACGACUCCAAAGCCAAGCUGAUCGAAUCACCGGCCAAAACGACGGACAGUGUUGAUGUCGGAGAAGCGAAAGGGGUGAAAAAAAUAGCCCCGGUGGCAAAAUCUUCUGGCGGGGUGUACGUUCCUCCCACGCCUCCCGUGAGGAAACGGCUGACCAGGCAGAGCCCCGCUCCUGAGGUCAAGAAACCCAGAUACAUACCGGCCCCACAGUGCACCGGACCCGACAACGUUUGUGUUUUGUGGGUUAACGAUGUGUUUCAGUGGUUGUACAACGAUUUCGUCAUUGUCAACGAGUUGCUGUGUGUUUGGAUAGAGGCUUUGAACGAUUAUACGAAGAAGUCCGUUACUGAGCAAGGAAUCGGUGUGGAACUGAUAAGAAUAUUACCAGAGACCCAUCCACCCACGCUCUCCAAUAUUUUUGCAGAACCGGACUCGAAAGACGACGUGACAAUAACAUGCGACUGCGAAUCAACUCCAGCGUUUCAGUUGAAAAGCUUCCGCCAAAAAGGUGACAAAGUUGAAACUUCCCACUAUCGGGUGAAUGUUAAUCGUUUCAGAGCCAGACUCAAUAUUUUCUGCGUUUCUGAAAAACUCCAAGCCAGCGUUAAGUGCGAUGGGUGGCCAGAAAUUAAAGUAGCUCUCGCUCCUGUUGGUAACAUCAAGAACAAUCUGGAUGAAACCCAGUUACAAGAGGUGAUAAGUGAAAUCCUAAUGACUGCUUUGAGGAGUACAGAAGUGAAAUUGAAUUUGGCCCAGUACCCCACCUGCCCCAGAUUAGUACGACAUGUUGCAACCCCUGGCCAGUUUCUCCCCCUGCAUUACGACAGCAUGUCGAACACUUACACAUCGACCCCUAACCACCUCGCCACCAAUAUGGGGCAAACCCAAGGAGAGAAACGACUUCUAGUUAAGGUGAUAAGAGCAUCACAAUUAGGUGCUUCUCAAGGCUGUGCAGAACCAUUUUGUGUUGUAGAAAUGGACGAACCUCCCCAAAAGAAUCAGACUGCUAUUCAAAAGAACACGAAUUCUCCAGUUUGGGAGGAACAUUUUUUGUUCGAUUUAACUCCAAACACUGCAGAAAUCUUGUUUGAAAUAUAUGACCAUGCAGUAAAACCCCAUAAAUUCCUUGGAUUAGGUAUAGUAGGUGUUGAGGAACUACUUAUUAAUCCAUCACAGAGGCAGAUUAUCACAUUACAGAGUCGACCAUACGAAAGUGACCCUGUAUCUGGAAAUCUCACUGUGGAGUUCUUAUUCAUCGAGGGAGCUGAUAUACCAAAUUUGGGCAAUCAACCCUACAAGAUCAAGGAAACGAUCAGAACCCCUUCUCCCAGUAGAAAUAGACAAUUUACCACAACUUCAACGUUCCAUAAUGAUAACCUUGUGAAUGGAAAUCAUUUACCUGACUCAACAAUCAGAGACUUAGAUAGGAAUAAUAAGCUGUCGAGUGCAAAUAAAUCAUCGUUGGUCAUACAUAGCGUACAGAGGCAACCUUCCCAAACGCUAGUGAAGGUUGAACUAAGUGAUGGCACUUGGAAGGAAGUUGAAAGGACAGAGGUAAAUGUAGAAGAUAAGGAAGAAGAUAAACCACUGGAGGAGAUAGAAGAAAGUAGUGAAAGGUCUAAUGGCGAUGUUAAAGAAUCUAACGGUACUGCUAAUGGUGAAAAUAUAGAAAUAGCAAAUGGCAGUGAGGUGGUUAAGCCUGGAGAUUUUUCCACAACCAAUACGCUUCAGUCUCAGUCACCUCCAGAUGCAGAAUUCAGAGGUAGACCUAGAAAACGCAGAGACUUUUUUGGGACAAUAAAACGGAGAUUAGGUAAAUCAAAGAACAGAUCUAAGUCAGUUGGACCUGAAAAUGAUGUUGGCAGAGAUGAAUCCUUGAACAGAUCCAUAUCUGCAGAUAGAGGGCGAAAUGAUGAGAGUUAUCGCCUAAAUGUACCUGGUCAACGUUCAAUGGAAGAAACAUCGAGAAGAUCGAGUCUUUCGGAGGCCUCGGGAAUGAGUACUGCUUCAACGAGAACCUAUGUGAAUGAAGCCAGCACUUUGGUUUUGGAAACAUUGGAAAAUGGUAUCAAGAAACACUAUCUCGUUCCAUUAUCUUUAGCACAAAAAUCAAAAUGGAGAAAGAAAGGCACAAAACUCCACAUUUUCAAUGAUCAUACUUUCGUUGCCAAACAUUUACAAGGAGGAACUAUAUGUCAGGUGUGUGGCAAAAGCAUAGCUCGGAGAUUCGGUAAACAGGGCUACGAAUGUCGAGAUUGUCUAAUUAAAUGUCAUAAACACUGCCACGUGAAAGUGAAUGACAACUGUCCAACGUCUACAAUCCACAUUAUUGAACUGUCCAUGCUACCUGUAUUGAGUGAAUAAGGGGUCCUACAUCACAAAUCCAAUAACGGACAAGAAUUUUUCAUUUUUCUGAAGAAAUUCUCUUGGUUACCAGCUGUGAAUUCUCAACAAACAAGAUCUAGUUCUAAUAGAUUCAUUGUUAAGCACAAAUUGUUCUCUAGCUUUACGAAUCACGAUAUCUGUGUUAAUAUUUCAAACUGACAUUAUUUUAUUAUAUUUUUGAGUUGAUCUUUUAAUUUGAAAUUUUAUUAUUACUAUUUAUUGUAAAUAAGUUGUUAAGUUUUAUCUUUGUCAGCGACUAUUUUUACCGUACUAAAAAACGUUACAAUUUUAAAAAUGCUUUUAAUGCAAGCAAUGUGACAAAAAUCAUGUAAGAUGUAAUUAAUGAUUUAUAAAUAUUUAUAUACAUAUACUGGUGAAAUUUCA